ACGAGUAGUGUGAGAGCGCCGCAACCUCGCGCUGCUGCAGAUGAAGCAUGGCAGUCGACCGCGAGACAAAGCCUGACCGAGCCGAGCAUGAGCGCGUGCACCGGCAGCCCUUCCUCAUCGGGGUGGCUGGAGGGACCGCCAGCGGCAAGUCCUCAGUGUGCAGUAAGAUCAUGGAGCUCCUGGGGCAGAAUGAGAUCGACCACCACCAGCGACAAGUGGCCAUCCUCAGCCAGGACAGCUUCUACAGGGUCCUCACCCGGGAGCAGAAGGCCAAGGCCCUCAAGGGCCAGUUCAACUUCGACCACCCAGAUGCAUUUGACAACGACCUCAUUAUUUCGACUUUGUGGGACCUCAAGAAGGGACAAACGGUUCACAUCCCUGUGUACGACUUUGUUUCCCACUCCAGGAAGGAGGAGACGGUGACGGUGUACCCGGCGGACGUGGUGCUGUUUGAGGGCAUCCUCAUGUUCUAUUCUCAGGAGAUCCGUGACCUUUUCCAGAUGAAGCUGUUUGUGGACACCGACGCAGACACACGUCUGUCUCGAAGAGUUCUGCGUGACAUCGGUGAACGUGGACGGGACUUGGAGAGCGUUCUGGCGCAGUACAUUACUUUUGUCAAGCCUGCGUUUGAGGAGUUCUGUCUGCCAACCAAGAAAUACGCUGAUGUGAUCAUACCGAGAGGAGUGGACAACCUCGUUGCCAUAAACCUCAUCGUUCAGCACAUCCAGGAUAUUCUGACCGGGGGUAUGACCAAGCGGCUGAACGGCUGGUUUAACGGGUGUGGAGCGACGAAGAAGCAGCCGAGCAUGGAGUCCAGCAGCCGGCCCCACUGAGGGGCCCCCGGGCAGCGGCCCCAGGAGGCCCCGAGCAGCAGGGUCAGGAGCGUCCAUCGGUACCAACCCAAUGUGCUUGGAUUGUUUCUGACGAUCAAAAGGCCUGUUUUGAGAUGAUUCUGUUAGGACUGAUGAAAUGAAUAAGGGACACCAGUCCUCUGUGGAGCUGGUUUAAGGGUUGUUGUGUUUAGUUCCUUUUUUCUCUUUAACUCAUGUACUCUGGGCUACCUUAUGAUUUAAUUUCUCUCUGCUGCUCGCCUUUGCCACGGCACUGAAACUCACUGAAGAAUGGUGUCUAAAACAAGAUGUCCGAACACUUGACAGCCUUCAGACAUACAAUAAAUACAGUGUAGCAACAUGCUUUAAAGCAGGCAGGGCCUUACAUAUCUCACUACUCUAACAGGUGCAACAUACCUUUAUCAAUACAACUUGAAAUAUUUGUUCGAACUCUGUAUGAAGGAUAUUUUAACUUGCAAUUCAAAUGUACUGAGUUUUCUGUCUCUAUGUCCCUAGUUGUACCUCCUCUGUUUCAUUCAAAAACUGAAUUUGUGUAACGAACCAACCGAUUCCACCUCAAAUCAUCUGAUGUAUGACAUCACCAAAGAUCAUUGUCUGUGCCAUCUGUGUAGAACAAUUGUCUUUUUUUUCUUCUCUAUGCGAUACUGCCAUUACUGCAAUCCAUUUAAUGUGAUGUUGGUAACAUUAAGAAUUGCUUACGUUAAGAAAUAACCACAAAGUAUUAUUUCCAUUGAUUACUAUUAACUUGAUGCAUACGUAUGCAAGUUUAAUUUAAAGACACACUGAAGAUGGUGUUACUAAAUGCAUUGAGUUGUAAAAUGUCAUGAAGUACUAAGUACACAAUGUGUUCUGUAAAUGUUUAAUGGAGUUUUCUUCUUGUAUACAUUUUGUCAUGAUAAAGUUCUCAGGUACUCUUUGUUUGCUUGAGUUGACGC